AUGAAAUAAUAACCAGAACUAGAGAUUCCUACUCUACAAUAAUAGGAUAAAUAUUUGGAGAAGAAACGACAAGGACAGGGGUUGGAUAAGAAUUUCAAAUUAUUUAACGACUUUCUUAAAUUACGAGCAGCAGACUUCUCAAAAGUUACUAUCAUGUUACUAGUUUCGUUUUUUCAUUAAGCUUUGAGUUAUAUUGCUUAGUAAGGCUCAUUAUUAUAUUCUGAUAUAAGCACCUUGCAGAUUUACACUAUUCAACAGAGAGCACCUUGUUAAAUCAAAUUCUAAGUGCGUGUCAAUAUGUAGACAUUCUCAGUUUAUUACGGAUUGACACUAAAUUUUCGUAUUUCCUAUUUACGGUAGCACUAAUCUUCACAAUUGGUCUGACUCUCCUAUAUUUAAUAAUAUUUAUUUUGGGACAAGAGUACAAACCUAGAAAAAAGUUUAUUGGGAAAGUAUAUAAUUUAUCAUAAUGUAAUAGUUAUUUGUGUUACUUUGUGAUAUGUAUAUUUGGUUAAUGUUCUUUCCAUGUAUGGUAACUUGUUUUGAAUUUUGUAUUUGUAACUAAGAAUAGGAUUGUAAUUUUGAUGUAGUCAGAAUCAUCCUAACAUUAUUGGCUAUUUUUGGAUUAAUAUGUGGUUUACUUAAUAUAAUAGUAUUAACUGCCUUGUUUCAUAACAAUUGGGAAAAUAAAAAGGAUUGUUUUAAUGGCGAAAAUGUAAUCUAUUUAAGUAGUUAUCAGUUCAGUCGCUUUAUAAUGGCAUUCUUUGUAGUUUUUAGGUAUAAUCACUUAUUAUAUUGAAGCACCAAAGUAUACACUUUUCUAUGGCUAUGUAUGAUAGUUUCCUUUUUGCUUUAUACGUUCUUUUUAGUAAACAUACUAAUCGGAAAUGGUUUCUUAGCUUUUGGGACUAAAUAUACUAGAACAUUAUUCAUCAUAAUGUUGAUAUUUUUGGUUAGCAUAACCUUUUCAACUAUAAUUGAUGAAUUACACCGAAGUUAGAAUUCUGAUAAAAGUAUUGAAAAUUUCAGCGUUUACUUUGUAUUCACUUUUACCUUUCUGUUGUUGGCAGUUGGAUACAAUUUGAGACAUACUCAAAGUCUAACUAUUUAGUUUGAUAUCCAUUCUCUCACUCCUGAUGCGUUAUAAAAAUAAAUAUAUACAACUCUUGCCUUUUUAGAGGUUUCACUCAGUGACAUUUCGAUUGACACUUAUUUUAAGGGAAUUCUGUAGAGACAUUUGGAUUUCGAAUGUCAACAUCCUGAGAUAAAAGGAGAAGCGAGAUGUUUCUGUAAGAAGAAAAGAGUCUUUGAUUCUAAGAAGCGAAAGGAAGUGAGAGUUGAAGAAUGGUUUACGACGAAAGCUAUAAUAAUGAAGUUCUUGAUGAAGAGUUGGAUAGAGACCUAUCUUAGUAAUAGACCUAAUGAUGUAGGUAUUCAAAUACUCUAUGCAAGGUAGGAUAUUUGACUAAAUUAGGUUUAUGUUCAGUAAAUUUCAUAACCAUCAGAUUGCAUUGCAUAUCCUAUCAAAUCUAGAAAAGCGAUUCACUUUUGUAUUGGAUAGAUACAAAUCGUAUUAAUUAAAAUGGAAAAUAAUAAAAUUCAUAAAACAUAAGAAUAGCGAUAGUUAUAAAGGGAAAUUAGAGAUUGAAAAUGCAUUAUUCGUAGAAGAAUAAAUUGAUUCAAUAAAAAGCAAUAUCACAACCAUUCUGAAGUAGAACUGUAUAUUCUGGAAUAAUCUUCAAUAAACAACUAUUGAUAUGAGUGAGAUGGACAAUCUGUUGAAGAUGCAAUUCAAAAAAAUAGAAGAGACUAAACAUUUAUGGAUAACAAUUACUAAUUAUCUGGAGUAUAAAAAGAAGUGGAAAUUUUAUUAUGCUUGGUUCACUCUCUAUAUUUUGAAUAAGAAAAUUAAAAAUAGAAUACUUGAUAACUUCUAAGGGUUCUAGGUAAAUGAGAAUGAUAUCUUCUCAGAAGAACUGCAAGAACAUAAUGUCGAUGAAGAUGUAAAUAGUGUCAAAUCUGGAUUCUUGGAUAAUGAGAAAAUAGAUAUAAAAAGCAGGAAAAUCAUAUUUGAUAAAAAAGCAUGUAUUAUAUAAGCAAGUGAUGACAUUCAAUCGUCAAUUCUUAAAGUCAAUAAACAAUUUACUCGUAUAUUUGGUUAUUCUAGUGAAGAAGUAGUAAGGAUGUAAGUAUUAUUGAUAAUUUAGGUUGCCAAUAAAUACUUUGAUGCCUGAUGUGUAUAGUAAAGUGCACCCUCAGAUACUCAAUGAUUACAAACAAACUGGUAAGAGUAACUCUCUCUAUUCUCAAAGAAAGAUUUAUUGUCUGCAUAAAUCUGGAGUUAUGUUUACUGCCUGGAAAUUCCUAAAACUGUAUGUUGAUUUGAAUGGCCAAUCAUAAUUCGUUAUUAUGGUGAGACCAACUGAUUUCGAUAAUGAGAAGAAACAUGAUUACAUAAUACUUAAUAAUGAUUGGGAGAUAAAUGGAAUGACUAACAAUGUGCUCUCAGGACUUAAUCUCGAUCCUCGUUUGUUUAAGAAGGCCUCAUCAGAUUAUAUACUCUUCAAUGUUCUUUUAUUUGCACCAAAACUUAUCCAAUAUUCAAGGAUAGCUCCUUUGAUAAACGAAGUAAGAGAUCUGCCCAUCUUUGGCAUGAUGAAAAAUCCUAAGAAACCAGAGAAGAAGAUUCAUAAUUAAAAUGUCCUUGAAAAUCAAUUAUCUAAUUCUAGCAAACCCAAAAUUAAUGUAAAUAUGCUUGGCUCAUCUUCACUCAAAUAAUCAUUUGGGAAACCUAUACAAGGCAUGUAUUCAGAUCUCGAUUUUGGAUCCAAAGUGUUAUUGCCUUAAUAGUCCAUUGAUUAGUAGAUACCUUAAUAAUUGGUGAUCCAAAAUGAAAGAGAUAAAUUCUUAUAACAUCAAAUGAGUUCUAUUAGUGAUAAGAAUGAAUUUGAGGAUUUCAAUAAAUAGAUAGGUUAAUUUGAUAAGAUCUAAAAUCUCAAUUAAGAAAUGGAAAGAAGAGCUGAAGAGUAGAUUAAUCAAUUCAAAGAAUCAUAAUUCUAAAACAACUAUUAGAAAAUUUAAACUAUGGGCAAAUAAGAUAAGGAUGCUUACAGUGAGGAUAAUGCAAGCAGAGAUGAAAUGAUUGAAAAAAUCAAAGGAAUUAAAAUGUUAGAAGGCAAAAUCAAUGGCGGAGAAUAAAUUCAAUUCAGAAUGAAAAUCCCAGAAAACAUGGAUAAAAUAAUUGAAUAUUAUUCAUCUUAAAAAUCUAAAAUGUACUAAUUAAAAAAAUAGCAAGAUGAAGUAUGAUAUCAAUUAUUACAAUUAUUUUAGCACGUUAAAUAGGAAGAAAUUAUAGAUCAAGGAAAGAAGAAAGAUAAAGACAAGCUCUUUGUCAAAUAAGGCACAAAACAUAUGGAAUUUAGGAAAAAAGCUAGAUUGAUGUUCUAAAAGGCAGCAGAAUUGAAGCGAUGUUAAGAUGAUGUGUAAAUAUAUUAAUCAUAUGAUAUAGAAAUUUCUAUGAAUUAUUGGUUGAGAUCUAUUAGAAACUAAUAUAAGAACAAAAGUCUCGGACAUUUAAAGUAAAUUGUACUAUUUAAUUCAUUAAAAUUAAAGAUGAAAGAGUUGGUAUCAUCAAGAUUAUAUCAAUAAAUGAAAUAAUGAAGAUUAAAAGAGUGGCCAGAGAAAGGGAUGGGAAUCGUAAGCAAUCAUUCUUUCUGAAGAACCUUUAACCUUCAAGAGAUUUAGUAGCAAAAGCAUCAAAAUUAUCUGCUACAAAUAUUUAAAGCCAAUUUGAAAACUCAAAAUUUGUAUCUAUGGCAAGUGAAAGCGAUACUAAAUAAUAAGCAAGUCCUUUAGAAGUGAAAAAUGGUUAAAAGAAUCCUCUUCUUAAAGAUAAAUCUUGUAAGGGAACCUUAGGCUACCAGAUGAAUGUUCCAGUUUAAGAAAUGGAUGAUGAUAAGGAUCUAUUGAUUGAUAGUAAGGCCUUUAAUAAGAUGAUUAAUUGGGAUACCUUUUAGUAGCAAUUUAAGAUGCAACAGGGAGCACUUAACUUUUCCCUUAAUGCUGGAGAUAAUAUAUUCAGAAAAGAAGACAAUAAUAGACCUCGUAAAUUCUUGAUUAAGAUUGCCUAUCUAACUUGGUUUUUGAGAAUAAUGUUUGUUGCCAUCAUUACCUUAAAUCUUUUAACUUACUUCCUCAAACCUUUCGUAGAAUUCAAUCCUAUGAUUUCUUAGGCUAAUAGAAUCUUGGCGUUAUCGUAAAUGCAAACAACUAUGAUUGAAACCUAUGAUACUCUCUUAGAUCUAUUAAUAUAUUAAGAUGAACCCGAUUAUAAUGAAAUGGGUAUGUCAGACUAAUUGGCCUAUUACAAUUAUCAAUUAUCAAAGGUUCAGGAGAGUUACGAUUAUAUUAAACUGCAAAUUAAGGAUCUAGAUCAACUUCAGACCUUUCUUGACGAUGAUAUUUUUUAUUCUAGUGCCAUCUCAGAUGAAUCUAUUAUUGGCUAAGCCAAUACUACUCUUAUUUUAGACAGCAAAGACUUCUUCACUAAAUUCAUUAUGCUAGAACAUCAAAUAUCUAUGAUGAAUGCUUCUUCACUAGAGAUCAUGAGUCCCUCAGACCCACUUGUUAAAUUUAUUCGGCAUGUGACUAUACCAUAAUUAUACAACCAACUAAAUAAUGCUGUUAUGGAUUUAUAGACUAUGGUGUUGGAGAAAUCCAACUCCAUUUCUGAUUUUGUUAUAGUAAUUCUCAGCAUCGAAGGUUCUCUAUUAGCGAGUGGUUUUUUUGGAUUGUUGAUUAUAAUCUUUUGGAUUAGUCAAACUUACAAGGCAGUUUUGAAAAUCUUCAUCCUUAUAUAAAAGAAUGAUUUGAAUAAGAUCGUCAAACAAUAAAAGUUCAUUGAACAUCAAUUUAAGUACAUCAUUGCAAAAGACCAAGAAAUUGCUGGAGUGUAACCAAAAGGUGUUUAUCAAAGAGUAAAUUCAAUCUCAUCUAAACAUAAUUUUUAAUUGCAAUAGAACUUCCUCUUAAUCAAUGAGGAAGAGGAAUAGAAUAUGAAUAAGAAAAGAGAGAAAAAUAUCAUUGAUCGAUAAUGGCUAAAAUCUUUGACUCUUAAAUUAUAUGCAACAUAUGUCCUAUUAGUGCUAUUAUAGGCAGGGACUUCCUUUGCCUUCUUCUUUUCACUAAAAUAAGCAAGUAGCAAUAUAAGUCAACUGAUUUAAAUAGGCCAAGUUUCAAUUUCGGACUUUUCAAAUAAUCAACUUCUAUUAGUAUCUGUUAAAGAGCGAUACUACAAUGAGGACAAUUAUGAAUCGAACUAUCUUCCAUAAGUGAAGGCUUUACUCGAAAUUUAAAUUGAAAGUAUCAAAAAAACCCCUUAAAUUGAUAAUCCUGGGUGGGGUAACUACUAUAAUGGAUUCCAAGCAAUAUAUUUUGAUAAUCUUUGCGAUUAUCUUUUUAAUCAAUCUUGUAAAUUAAUUAUAUAUUUCUUUAGAAUUAACCACAACUGAAUCGUCUGAUUGUGAACAAUUAGUGAAUGGCAAAUUAAAAGCUGGUAUUGUGGCAUUUAAUUAAUAUUUUCUCUCAAAUGUGCAAGACUAUGUUCUAUUAAAUGCGGAUAGAUUUGGCUUUAUCAAUAGUAAAAUAAUUUGGAACCUUAAUUCUUGUGUGGACUAUGUCAAAACAGCCUUUAAAUAUUUGCUUACUGAAUGGGCUCAAGUAUAAUAUCAUUAUACAUUUUACUAGGAUUUAAAUUAGCUCAUCGAUUCCAAUAUCACCUUAAUUUUAGUUUUGCUUAUAGUCAUGCAGUUGUUAUAAUUAAUCGUAUUUUUGGCAAUUGCUGAGAUGUAUUUGGUUGACCAACUCAAUAAGGCAUUUUCUUUUUAUCGAUUAGUUUAUAAAUCCUAUAUGCCAAAUGAUAUCAUUCAAAAGGAAAAAAUCAUUAGAGCCCAAUUAAUACGUUAUAAUAUAAUAAAGAAAUGA